CCUGUCCGCCAUACUCUAGGCUUGGCUGCCCGAGUUUUAGGCAGACUUUGGUGUCAGUGUGCUGGGCUGAGACCGGCCUCUGAGAGACGUGAGGAGAGCGGGUGAGCACGGAAUCCGUCAUGGAUGCAGUGACCUAUAAGGAUGUGCAUGUGAACUUCACUCAUGAAGAGUGGGCUUUGCUGAAUCCUUCCCAGAAGAGUCUCUACAAAGAUGUGAUGCUGGAAACCUACUGGAACCUCACUUGUAUAGGUUACAAAUGGGAAGACCAUAAUAUUGAAGAACAUUGUCAGAGCUGUAGAAGAAAUGGAAGGGAUGUCAUCUAUCACUCUGUAUACAAGCCAUGUGAGCAUAAGGGACAUAGAAAGAAGCAUUGUAGUUCUGUCUCUCUGAGAACAACUGGAAGAUAUGUGGUAGUCCCCACUAUGAGAAGACAUGAAGACUGUGAUGCAAGUUUACAAUUAACUGGUUUUCCAACUUCAGUGGGAAUUCAUCAAGAAACUCUCAUUGGAGAAAAACCUUAUGAGUACCAGGAAUAUGGAAAUUCAGCUGUCUCUACUGGUUCACUGUGCACAUGUAGUGUGGCUCACAGUAUAAGAAAAUGUGAAUACAAUCAGUGUGGUCAGACCCUGAGUUCUUCAAGUUCUCUUCAAAGAUGUGAAAAAGCUCAUGUGGGAAAAGAAAAUAGUAAAUGUGAGUCAUCUACUAAAGGCUUUAGUCAUUACAGGCAUCUUCAAACACACCAAACACCCAAUAAUGAAGAGGAUCUCUAUGAAUGUAAUCAACAUGAGAAAGCCUUUAUAUCUGAUUGCUGUUUAAAAGUACACCAAAGAACUCAUUCAGAAGGAAUACACUCUGAGUAUGAUCAAAAUUAUAAAGUUUUUGCAUGUCCAAAUCUUCUUCAAGUAGAUAAAAUUCAAACUAGAGAGAAAAGGUAUGGAUAUGAUCAAUGUGAUAAAGUCUUUGAAUGUCCCACUUAUCUUCAAAUACAUAAUAGAAGUUAUACUGGAGAGAAAGCCUAUGAAUGCAAUCAGUGUGGCAAAGCCUUUGCUUAUAACAGUCAUUUUCUUAUUCAUCUAAAAAGUCAUACUGGAGAGAAACCUUAUGAAUGUAAUCAGUGUGGUAAAGCAUUUGCACAUAAGAGCUAUCUUCGAAGUCACGAGAGAAUUCAUACUGGAGAGAAACCCUAUGAAUGUAAUCAUUGUGGUAAAGCCUUUACGUGGAAGAAGACUCUUCACUGUCAUGAAAGAAUUCAUACUGGAGAGAAACCCUAUAAAUGUAAUGAAUGUGGUAAAGCCUUUGCAAAGAAGACAAGUCUUCACAGUCAUGAAAUAAUUCAUACUGGAGAGAAGCCCUAUAAAUGUAAUCAGUGUGGUAAAGCCUUUGCACUGCAGAGUAGUCUUCACAAUCAUGAAAGAAUUCAUACUGGAGAGAAACUCUAUGAAUGUAAUCAAUGUGGUAAAGGUUUUGUCCAGAAGAGUAGUCUUCUCAGUCAUGAAAGAAGUCACAAUGGAGAGAAACCCUAUGAAUGUAAUGAAUGUGGUAAAGCAUUUGUGCAUAAGAGUUAUCUUCGCAGUCAUAAAAGAAUUCAUACAGGAGAGAAACCCUAUGAAUGUAAUCAUUGUGGUAAAGCCUUUGCACAGAAGAGAAGUCUUCACAAUCAUGAAAUAAUUCAUACUGGAGAGAAACCCUAUGAAUGUAAUCAAUGUGGUAAAGCCUUUACACGGAAGAGUAGUCUUCUCAGUCAUGAAAGAAUUCAUACUGGAGAGAAACCCUAUGAAUGUAAUCAAUGUGGUAAAACCUUUGCACAGAAGAAAUAUCUUCUCAGUCAUAAAAUAAUUCAUACUGGAGAGAAACCCUAUAAAUGUAAUCAGUGUGGUAAAGCCUUUGCACAUAACAGUAAUCUUCUUAGUCACAAAAGAAUUCAUACUGGACAAAUUCAUACUGGAGAGAAACACUAUGAGUGUAAUCAAUGUGGUAAAGCCUUUGCAAGAAAGAGUAAUCUUCAAAGUCAUGAAAGAAUUCAUACUGGAGAGAAACCAUAUGAAUGUGAUCAAUGUGGUAAAGCCUUUGCACGGAAGAGUCAUCUUGAAAGUCAUGAAAGAAUUCAUACUGGAGAGAAACCCUAUGAGUGUAAUCAAUGUGGUAAAGCUUUUGCAAUGAAGAGUUAUCUUCUCAGCCAUGAAAGAAUUCAUACUGGAGAGAAACCUUAUGAAUGUAAUCAAUGUGGUAAAGCCUUUGCACUGAAGAGUAGUCUUCAAAUUCAUGGAAGAUUCCAUAGUGGAGAGAAACCCUAUGAAUGUAAUCAGUGUGGUAAAGCCUUUGCAAAAAAGAGUUAUCUUCUCACCCAUGAAAGAAUUCAUACUGGAGAGAAACCCUAUGAAUGUAAUCAAUGUGGUAAAGCCUUUGCAUUGAAGAGUAGUCUUCACAAUCAUGAAAGAAUUCAUACUGGAGAGAAACCCUAUGAAUGUAAUCAAUGUGGUAAAGCCUUUGCAAUGAAGAGUUAUCUUUUCAGCCAUCAAAGAAUUCAUACUGGAGAGAAACCUUAUGAAUGUAAUCAAUGUGGUAAAGCCUUUGCACAGAAGAGUAGUGUUCAAAGUCAUGAAAGAAUUCAUACUGGAGAGAAACCCUAUGAAUGUAAUAAAUGUAGUAAAGCCUUUGCAAAAAAGAGUUAUCUUCUCAUCCAUGAAAGAAUCCAUACUGGAGAGAAAUCCUAUGAAUGUAAUCAAUGUGGUAAAGCCUUUGCAUUGAAGAGUCAUCUUCACAAACAUGAAAGAGUUCAUACUGGGGAGAAACCCUAUGAAUGUCCUCAAUGUGGUAAAGCCUUUGUGCAGAAGAGUAGCCUUCUAUGUCAUGAAAGAAUUCAUACUGGAGAGAAACCAUAUAAAUGUGAUCAAUGUGGUAAAGCCUUUGCACAGAAGAUUAGUCUUCAAAGUCAUGAAAGAAUUCAUACAGGAGAGAAACCUUAAUGUGGUAAAGCCUUUGCAAUGAAGAGUUAUUUUCUCACCCAUGAAAGAAUUCAUACUGGAGAGAAACCCUAUGAAUGUAAUCAAUGUGGUAACACCUUUGCAUGGAAGAGUCAUCUUCACAGUCAUCAAAGACUUCAUACUGGAGAGAAACCCUAUGAAUGUAAUCAAUGUGGUAAAGCCUUCAUACAGAAGAGUAGCCUUCUAAGUCAUGAAAGAAUUCAUACUGGGGAGAAACCCUGUAAAUGUGACCAAUGUGGUAAAGCAUUUGCAAAGAAGAGUAAUCUUCACAGUCAUGAAAGAAUUCAUACUGGACAGUAACAUAUGAAUGUAAUCAAUGUAGUAAUUUCAGAUGUUAGGUGAUGUGAGCUGCCAUGUGGCUGUUGGAAACUGUAUUGUGUGUUCUACAAGAGUUACUUGCUGGAGUCCGGUGUCAUAGGAGUUCAGGUCCCAAAGAAGAGAUCACGCAUCAGUAGAGGAAGGAGACUGCCAUGAUCUGAGCAUGAAAUAGUAUAGCUGCUGCUUUAUUGAAAAACAACUACACAUUUAAUGCUCUAUAACUGAAUCUUAGGUUAGACUCAAGCAGGUUAAAAGCAGGUUUAAUGAUUCCAGGAUAAAAGCAGCCAUCAACCUCAUUACAGUAUAUUUCCUGUUGCAAAAAGUGAUAAAUUCAGCAAGUAUUUUAAUGCUUUUCUGGAUGUGGUCCCAUUGUUUGUUUUUCAUAGUUGCUUUAAUCCUUGGAACUAGGUAUAUCCAGUUAGUAAAUCAUUAAGUUCUCUAUUUUUGGUGUAAUCGGGGACACAAUGGGGCUUCUUGUGUGGGAGUAGGCAUAGUAAUAACAUUGUGUGGUUCCAUGGUGGUGGGAUUUUUUCCAAGAAUUUUGUUUAAAGAGACUUCCUUGCCUAUGUAUAUGUUCCCAUCCUCCAGUGUAGCCAGAAAAAUAAAUUUCCCACAGUAAAAGGCAUAAGGAAACUCCAUAACAUAUAGUAAGAAUUAUUAAAAUUGAAAUAAAAAUGAUGCUGGAGAAUUAAGAUCGGCAAUGAGGAAAUGCUGGAACUUUGUCAAACAGCAAUGGUCACCGUGCAGUCCAUGCCAGGUGCUAAACUGCUAAACAAUUUCUCAUCCCGUUUUAUUUCUUUUAGGAUUCAUUUUAUUAUUGUUAUCUUUGUGAGUCCAUAUGAAUAGUAUAGUUUGAAAUCAGAUAUCAGCCUGUGUAACCCAGUUCUUCCUUUCUACACUGUGGGUUUUGAGGACCACACCAGGUCCAUCAGUCUUGGUUACCUGCUGAGCCAUGCCAUGAUGAACACUGAGCACUGAUAUUUUUUUCUUAAUUUUUAAUUUUUUUCUGUUUCUUUAAACAGGCUGAUGAAGUUCAGGCUGACCUUGAACUUCAAACCUUUCUGCUUCCACCUCCAGUUACUAGGAUGACAGGUUUUACUACGAUGCCCUGUUUAUGCAACGGUCUUGUGUGUCCUGAGCAAGUAUUCUAUCCAAUGACCACCAGUUGAUAUGAAAACAUUGAUGUUGCCAAGUUUUUCAUAUACAGGUCUACACUGAACCUUCCAAAACCAAACCAAAACUGCAAACACAUCUUUUGUUAAAAUAAACUGUGUGUGUGUGUGUUUUGA